UUUCAUCAUGAGAAGUUUUGUGGCACUAAUUAUUGUAUCAAUUUAUGCUGUGGAUUUUACAAGCGGUUGUUGGUCCCGACCAACUGCCGCUUUACCUCCAGAAUUUUUUCUCAUUGACUAUAAGACUCCAGUUUAUUUUUAUGGAAGAGGUAGUAAUCAUAAAAGAACCCUGGCAUCGAUACAUGAAGAGACACAUAUUAAACACAUGAAAUUCAAUAAGAAUAACAGAGACAUCAAACCAUAUAUGAUAUUCUUGAGAACAAUAGUUGUUGUUGAUUAUUCCAUGUAUCAAAGACUAAACCUUCAAGUUCUUGAUCACGUCAUGGCAAGUAUGUAUUACACAGAAAAUCAGGCUAAUAAGGUAUAUGAAUAUCCACAGUUAAAAUUUGUUGUCACUGCUAUAGUCAUUCCAACGGACAACGUGGUGCUAUCAUCUUUCAAACCCGAUUCUAAGAGUUAUUUAAAUACGUCGCCGAGAUUAUUUAACGAAAUGAGACAAUUCUUAUUAGGCUUAAAGAAAUAUAAAACUGGCAUGAAGUACGAUUUCGCUAUCUUUAUUUCGUCAGCGAAAUCUGUUUAUAAUGAAGAUAUUAAUCAACUUCGAAAAGUGACUUCAAAUGGAUACCCCAGUUGUUUAGAUGAUUCAUCACCACCAAAAAUUCAGUCAGUUAUUACUGUCGUUGAUGAAGUCCCUAACAGUGAUUAUUCUCCAGUUUACGGAGAAAUUGUAAAGCUAAUCGAAUAUUUAUCAAACCAUUUUAUGUGUAGUAAAAAUUUUAUUAAAUACAAUGAAGAAUUCGUUCCUGACGCAGCAUACGACGCUUGUACUAAUACGAAUUUAAAAAACGGAUUCAGUGCGGGUUUUCCUGAAUGUUACUACGAUAUGCCCGAAUUUCUCAAAAAUUAAUUUGGAAUUCAUUUAUAUCAAUUAUGAUUUCAAAAAAUAAAUUGCAAUGUUGCUGAUCAUUUACAAAAUUAUGGAAAAAUUUUAUUGAAUUUUAAAAUAAAUAAACUAAAAAAAUUAUUAUAAUUUGUUGUUAAAGACUAUAAAAUUGAAAUAAGCCUCAAUUUCACAAAAAAAAAAUAUUUAUCUUGGCCUAUAACUGUUGUCAAAUCGAUUUCACAUCCGACAUUCUCAUUUUUCUUAUGAAAAAUAUGUGCAUUAUUAAGGAUACAUUUUCAUCGUAGCACUAGAUUUUUCCCAGCUAACUUUUUCCAAUUUCCCAGUUAUUUACACAAUAAUCAAUAAGUAAUCCAAGAACACGAGUACAUGAUCACGGUAGUCAGACUGCAGAAUUUAAUGAAUUUUCAUACCGAGUUUUGCAGCGCUAGAUGGGAAUAAUAAAAAAAAAAUUACAAAAAGUCUCUAACAUUCACUCAACCGUACCAAUGACUUCAUUGUUGUUUCUUUUUCUAAGUGGACCCCCUGCUAUUAAACUAAAAAAAAGUAAAAAAGAAUUCUAAUAUCUUUAAUUUUUUUACUCGCAAAUAUGUAUAUGAGAAAGCAAUAAAAAAAACUGAAUAUCCGGAAAUUGAGUGAAAUUUUAGAGAAUUUGAUUAAAUUUAAG